CUAACGUUCCGUCCGUUCUAAAGGUUGUAAUGGCAUAGCUUGUUGGUCAGCUUGACCUCUUCGUUUAUGUAUUAUAUGUAGUAAAGCAUUGUAACACGUCAUGGGGACUUCCCCCUUUACAUGGAACCGGAAAAACCCAAUUCAUUUUCAUUUCAUCGAUCAAUGGCAUGUGACUUUAACAAAAAACAAGAUUCAUAUUUUUGAGAAAAGAAUUGACUCGAACAACAUAAUCAAGCAGAGACUACCAAAAAUGAAGGCUCAGUGAGUGUUGCAUUGUAAAAUCUCAAAAACAUGUCUGUUUGUAAAGUUUUUCUUCUUUGGAUUGCCUUAAUCUCCCAAUGCAUUGGAUUAGAAUCAGAGCAGCCGGUUUCUUACCAAUCUGACUGGCCGUUUGGUGACCCGAAACGAUGCUUGGACAAUGCCAAAAUUGGAAAAUUAAACUUAGAUCUUUUUGAGGUGCUGCCAGGUAUAGGCUGGGACAAUUUGGUCAACAAAGAAACAAGUCUGGUGGUCAGCUACAACUUUAGUCAAUGUAAAUUAACUGACGAUAGACACUAUCUCCUGCCCAAUGACGUCAUGACAGUACCUAUUAAGGACAGUCAUGUACAAACUUUUGCCGAGGUCAUUGAAGAGUGGAAUGAGGCUAGGUCUAUGACUUCUGACACCGUCAACGUCGACGUGGGUCUUAAAGUACCUUUUGUUUCUAUUAGCGGGAAAUUCUCUUACGAGCACCAACAGUUGAAGACAACACAAAUGAAGCACAAUGCCAUGACCACCAGGGUUCAGCUUCGUUAUCAAAGAUACCAAGUGAAAUUAAAUAUGGAUCCUCAGCUUAGUUUACCAUUUAAAGACAGACUUUUAAAGAUUGGAGAGAAACUUUAUGCGAACCAGACAGAAUACGCUCGCUAUUUAAGUCAGCUGCUUGUUCGGGAAUACGGAACUCACGUACUGACGAGCUUAACUGCUGGUGCAGCCCUUGUAAAAGACGAUUACUUGGACAGAUCUUUUGCUCAGCUUACGUCUGACGAAAGAUCCUCCAUUCUAGUAGCAGCAAGUGCAUCCUUCUUUGGAGCCUUUCACGUUGACACGUCAUACAGCCACAAAAGUGAAAGCUCAAGUAACAGCGGCUAUGACAAGAGUGUACAACAGUCAUACAUCUACACAUUUGGAGGGCCCAAGUUUAAAACCAACAUGGAAGUCGACCAAUGGGCUGACGGCGUUGACUCAAACUUGGUCGCAAUGGACAGAGCUGGCGAUCCACUUUACUUUUUUAUCACACCUCAAACAUUACCAGAACUUUCCGACUUCAUUGUUGAGAGUGUAGCGAAGAUGGUUCAAGAAGCGAUAGAGACUUACUAUGAAAUGAACACCGUCAGAGGAUGUACAAAACUGGGAGAACCAAAUUUCAGCUACUCUGCGAAUUUCAAUGAUGGAAAUUGUAAAGAAGUGUCUACCAAUUUAAUGUUUGGAGGUGUUUACCAAAAAUGUACUCGCCCGGGAGGUAAUCCAUCGUGUUAUAGCCUUUCUUCGCAAGUCAAUCCAAAAACCGGAAGCUUUUCUUGUCCUGAGUCUUACAAACCGGUUGCAGUUUACACGUACUAUCAUAGCUUUUUUGGACUUGAAGCUUCCACAAGUUAUUGGUGUGCUCCUGUAGGACCAGUCCAGCAAAGUUCGGGCUACUUAUUCGGAGGGCUUUAUGGCAACGGUGUUAUAAACGUCUUAACAGGGGCAAUGAAUUGCCCAGCGGGAUUUUAUCCUCGAUCUAUUUUCUAUGAUAUGUUUAUUUGUAUAAGUGAUGACUUUGAACAACAUUCUGGAUCAUCUAUUCCCUUUGGUGGAUUUUUCACGUGUAACAUUGGUAAUCCAUUAGCGAUGGACGCUUAUCAUACCAACGAUCUCAAGGCUUCAAAUGGUAACUCUUUGAAGUCAUUUCUUGUCGGAAGCGGCGAAGAAGGUUAUCCGAAAAAGUGUCCAGACGGAUUUAGUCAGCACCUAGUGGCUAUCAAAGAGGGGUGUGCUAUUCACUAUUGUGUAAGAACUGGUUCCUUGAACUCACCCAAUAUAACCACUGUCAAAAGACCACCUUUUAUGCGGGUUCCAGAGACUUUUAAUAUGCAAAAUAUAACUUUCUAUAAAAGAAAGAUCGUAGAAAAUGAAAAGUCAAUGGAAAAUCUCACUAAAGCUGAACAUCGAUCUAUACAGUACUCAGAGCUCCCAUCAUCUGCUAUAGCAGGGAUAGUUCUUGGAGUACUCCUUGGCUGUGCAGGCAUAGCCGUUUUCAUUUUUGUUGUGGUCAAAAAACGACUUUUACGGAGAACAACUCUGUAUAGAAGACUUUCAGAGGAGAGUCAUGUCCUGUAUGGAUCAGAUGUGUCAACUUAAAGUUAUGUCCAUUGUGGAUAUGUCAUCAUAAAGAGAAUUCUGUAUAGUGUGGAUCAAAUGUGUCAUCGUAAAGAAAGUUCUGUCCAUUAUGGAUCAGAUAUGUCAUCAUAAAGAUAAUUCUGUAUAGUAUGGAUAAGUUAUUAGGAAGAGAGUGAUCUACUGAAUGGGUAAAUGCUAAACAAAAAGCUGGUAGAUAUCUACCGCAUUACUCAAAAUACAUGUAAUAUAGAUGUAAUUUCAGUGUGCAGAUAUUCUUGUAUGUCUAUACACAAAAUACAAUAAAAUAUACAAUAUUUAGCAAUUAUCCAAUACGUUGCAUAUGUGCGUUUAUGUACUUGGGCUGGUAACUAGAAUAAAGUGCUCUUAGUAAA